AUGUGGUGCAAAUCUGAUAAGGAGAGGUCAGUUUAUGGUGAAUGUGUUAAAAUUUUAAAGAUAAGAACUGUUAUUACUGAUGAAUCUUGCAAUAGAUUGUGUUUUUUAUUGAAAACAGAUUUUAAAUUGCAUCUCUUAACUAAAUUUUGCCCCAAGUUUACUGCUCUGCAAUCGAGUCUUCCACAUCUAUCUGAAUUUUAUUAUCUUACAAAUACUCAGAAUUCUAAGAAAAAUCUUAUUUUUAGUCAUGACAUAAGUCAACAUUAUUGUUUUUUAAUUAUGGGAAACUCUCGCCCAUCUGUGUCUUGUUGCAUUAUAUGUGUUGGUGAAGGACCAGUCAUUUCUGUAGUGCCUCUUGACUUGCCUUGGAAUGAAACUCUUCUCCUGAAGCCUUCUGUGAAAGAGAUCAAAGUCAUAAAUGAUGGACCAAUUCCUGCUGCUAUUGAAGUUACUCUUAUCAAAACCAAAUCACCUUGGAGCAUCAGCCCCACAUGUUUUAUAAUAAAUCCAGAUGAAACCAAACUUAUUGAAGUUGUGAUAUAUCUGACUGAUACUGGUAACUACAGUGACACCAUGGAGAUAAAAGUCACAAACAGCAGAACCAUUACUGUAAACUUAACAGCAAUUGGAAUUGGAACCAGUAUAACUGUUGAACCUCCUAUUUCUACUGUGGAUCUUGGCUUACUGUACAUAUCACAAAAGAUUGUAAAAGAGUUUGUUGUUGAGAAUAAGGGCACAAGGCAUCAUCAGCUUGUGUGGUCACCAGUGGCAGAUAUGAAAGAUAAUGCAAAAUCUGCAGUCGAAUUCCCAAAACAUUCAGUAUUCUGUGUAGAGCCAUGCAAGUUUGAUUUGGCUGCAAAAGAGCAAGAAAUCCUUUUGCUGAAAGUUGAGUGUUCAGAAAUCUGCAGGAAAACAGAAAAGAUAUACUGCCAUGCUGUAAUUAAUUACAAAGAAAAGAAACAGUCACUGCUAGUGUGUGAAAUUACAGCUACAUUUAUUGAACCAGUCCUGAAAUUUUCCAAAGAAAAUGUGGCAUUUCGUGUUGAUAUGGGGCCAGACGACACCCUGGAUAUAUUAAGAGAUUCAGUAAUACUUUCCAAUGUGACAGACCUUCCGAUCACUAUUACACUGCAAGUGGAGUAUCCGUUUUACCUCUCAGUUGAUAACAGAAGACUUUCAGAUCAUUUAGUGUAUCUUGAAAAAUCUUCAUUACUGGAGGUCUUCAUUCUGUUUGAUCCAGCUUUUAAGGAUGAUAAAUACUGCAGGACAAUAAAGAGCUCUCUCAUUGUCACUUCUAAGGAAACACCAUUCAAGGUAGCAAUCAGUGACAUAGUGAUAAAAAUUGAUGUUACUAAGCAUACAUUAGAUAAAACAGUAUUUUGGUUGGAAGAUCAUGAUAUCUAG